AUGUCUUCUUUUCAAUAUGAUGAAUUCAACUACAAGCUGAUCGCUUUGACUGACGUGAAAACUGCUAGGCAAAAUACAAAACGAGAAAACCCUCAAUUCGGUCUAUCUCCCAUGCUUUCAACUGAAUCUUCACUAUAUGAAAGGUUGUAG